UGAAGCUUCAAGUGAUUAUUUUAACGGUGGUAUAUGGACUUUGUUUCUUAAUAGAAAACUCUCUCGGCUACAGAAAAGUAUGUUAUUACACCAACUGGUCUCAAUAUAGAAAAAGUAUAGGAAAAUACUAUCCUGAAAAUAUAGACCCAAACCUAUGUACUCAUAUUAUAUACGCGUUUGCUGUAUUAAAUAAAAAUCAGGUGAAAGCUUUUGAAUGGAAUGACGAGUCUACUCAAUGGAGUAAAGGAAUGUACGAGAGAGUCCAGGCCGUAAAGACAAUCAAGCCAUCCCUGAAGACUCUAUUAGCAGUAGGUGGUUGGAAUUUGGCUUCAAAACCUUUCACAUCUAUGGUAUCUACCGUUAGCGGGAGACAAGAAUUUAUAACAAGCAGUAUAACAUUUUUAAGACGAACUGGUUUUGAUGGAUUAGAUAUAGAUUGGGAAUAUCCCGCAGGACGAGGUAGUCCUCCUGGAGAUAAACAAAGAUAUACAAGUCUGUUACAGGAGAUGAUGCGUGCCUUUCAAGAAGAAUCGCUGACUACAGGAAAACCACGACUUCUGUUAACAGCCGCUGUUGCUGCUGGCAAAUCUUAUAUUGAUGCAGGAUAUGAUAUACCAGCUAUUUCUGGGAAUUUAGAUUUCAUUAACUUGAUGACGUAUGAUCUUCAUGGAAGUUGGGAAGAUCACACUGGACACAAUUCUCCUAUGUAUUCUAGAAGUGGUGAAACUGGAAAUAGCAGCUAUUUAAAUUUGGAUUGGGCAGCAAGAUAUUGGGUAGCGAAUGGUGCACCAAAAGAAAAGCUAAAUAUUGGUAUGGCUUUAUAUGGAAGAACCUUUACACUGUUGGAUUCUGCUAAUCAGCAGCUUGGAGCACCAGUUACUGGUCCCGGUGAAGCAGGUCAAUAUUCUCGAGAAGCAGGAUUUCUGGCUUACUAUGAGAUUUGUAAAAUGGAUAAACAAGUUUAUGAGAUACCGGAACAAAGAGUUCGUUAUGCUGUUAGUGGAGACCAGUGGAUUGGUUAUGAUGAUGAACAAAGCAUUCGUGAAAAGGUUUGUUAUGUGAAAUCUAAUGGUUAUGGUGGUGUUAUGGUCUGGUCCUUAGAUUUAGAUGAUUUUAUUGGUAUCUGUCCUGGAGGUCAAUUAUAUCCAUUAUUAAAUGCUAUAAAUGACGAAUUAGCGUCUACAAGAUCAUCCUGUUCAAGUUCAUCACAACAACCAAUAAAAACAACGAGACAGUCAUUCCAAAAAACGGAACAGUUAUUCCAAACAACGAAACAGCCAAUCCAAACAUCGAAACAGCCAAUCCAAACAACGAAACGGAUAUUUCAGUUUCCGACAACUAGACAACAACCUUUUCAAUCUCAGCAACCGUCUCAAGUUCUCGGUACAACAGUUAAAACCAGUACUUUGUCAGUAAUACAUGAUCAAUCAUGUGUUGAUAAAAAAGAUGAUUUUUAUUCUAAUCCAACAAACUGUGCAUCUUACUAUAUUUGUGCCAACUCCGUUAAAUUUGAAGUUAGCUGUGGUCCCGGGCUCUACUAUAAUAAAUUCAAUAAAUAUUGCGAUCGGAAAGAAAAUGUGAAUUGUUUACAGGCCCCGGCACCACCCAGACAAUCACUAACGUCUGAAGAACCGAGUCGUACGUCAAAACAGUUGGAACAUAACAACAAUGGUUUCCCUACCAACUCCGUAGUGUUACCAGAAAUAAGACUGUCAACUCUCCGACCAACAGAGUUUUGUAGCAGACGUUCAGAUGGGCUCUACAGGGAUCCUUAUAAUUGUUCCAAGUACUACCAGUGUUCAUUUUCACAGACCCACCACAUGUCUUGUGGACCAUCAACGGUGUUCAAUGAAGAGAUGGGAUAUUGCGAUCAUCCAUACAAUGUGCCAAAUUGCAAUUAAACGAAAUAUAAUAUCUUUAUUUUGAUUAUUUAUAAGAUAAAUACAUACAGUAGAAGUCCCUUUUAUGAUUAAUAU